UGCUUAUUUUUCUCAUCAAUCCGAGUUCCUUUCCUUUGUGCUUUGUGCAUGCUCAUCAUUUUCAGAAGAUUGCUGGUUAGAUGUGGAUAGAAAAAGGAAAUUGUUAAUCAGUUGAUGUAAUUUAAAUUUAUUUUUUUAUCGUACACUUUUAUUAUGUUUAUUCCAACUGAAUUGAGGAGCAAUCUAGGAUUGAUCUUGGAUGUUGGGUCUGACGUCGGCCAUUGUUGAAAAUUGUAGUAGUGAAGACGACGACGUGAUGGAGAGGGAGAGCGGCAAUCUGGACUUGGAGCUUGUGGCGCGCGCCAUGAGCUUCCAUGGCCAGCCAUUCCAAAAGGUGUGGGAGACGGAGCGCGGAGAGACCGAUCUGCAGAAGCUUGACACCGACACCAUUGACUUCUCUGUCUAUUCGCAGAGACAUCUCAAUUUCCAGGACAGAGGCAAACGGCUGAAGCUGCACCAGUUCAUAGCAAACAAAGCGGACAUUCUGUUUGACCCGGCUCUCAAUGAGAGAGAAGAGCGCCCGGCGGUGCGAGUCUCCGAGCCGGGCCUCUACGCCAUACUGCCGCCCUACGAUACAUUCCUCAACCUCGACAAAGCCACACGAAUUAAGCAUUUCUUCCAGUGUGUGAAGCCUGGUGAUGUACUGAUUGGAACCAUUGCUUCCAAGCCACUUUCAGGAUUGGUCGUGAAAGUGCUUUGUCUAGAAGGAGAAGCAUUCCGAUACGUUGCUGACCUCAAUAUCAGGGCAAUGUGUCCGUCUCAUAGUACGAUUGCGGCGGUCGACAAGAAAAAUGUGUCUCGCUCGUUUCUUAUGAACGAUUUGGUGUGUUGCGAAGUAAUUGAGGUUCAUGAGGAAUCUGAAAAACUGAUUUGUGGCAUGAAGGGAGUUCACGCAUCUGAACACAGAGCUCGGCUCGGUCUUUUCUCACCGGAAGACUUCCCUGAGGCCUACAACCGAAUAUUUUGAGCCAUCCUGGACAUGAUUUUAAACUGAAGGUGAAUGAGCAAAUAGAAAGAUUUUCAGCAUUUGGAUAUAACAUUUAUUUAGCAGGAAGUCGCUGCCAAAUAGCAACCAGCUUUUUGAUGUUUUAAAACUUGAUUGCCGGAUUACACCAUGUUCAUGUGAUUUAUUACUUUUUCAAAGAAUGUUUCCUCAAUGCAGGCAAGCUCAGGAGGGUAACAAUGGUGAAACUUACUCAGAAAUGUUGGAGAAAGCCGUUGGGUUCAACAAUCCUAACAACAUCAAUUGUCUCUCCAACACUCUUGGAUUAGGGAUGAACAACUUCUCUUGUAUGUCUGCUUUGAGAGAGAAGUUUCCGGAGAGUGAGUUUGCCAGUGAACUGCGACAGGUGCAGGCGAGCCGAUGGGCCCAUCGCAAUGUGGCCGAUGGCAUAGAGCAUUUCAAGGCCAAGCGACACAGCGACGCCUUCCAGUGUCUCAACCAGGCACUCCGGAUGGACCCUAGGAACAUCGAAGGAUUGGUUGCACGUGGUGCUCUACAUGCCAACAGUUGCAGCUUCAAGAAAGCCAUAGAAGAUUUCGAAACUGCUCUCAAACUAAACCCCAGUCAUCAAAAUGCGAGGAAAUAUUUGGGAGAAACUCUGGUAGCAUACGGAAGGAGUUUUGAGGAGGAGAACAAGAUGGACGAAGCCAUCAAGGCGUAUGAAAGCUGCUUGGCGAUUCUGCCUUAUCACGAGGAGGCGCAGAACUCGAUCGACUACAUCAAGAACAAGACGACGAACGGCACGAGCAAGGUGGCGGGUGCAGGGGAGGUGGGGGGCCUCUCGCUCAACAAGGCGCAGGGCGUCAAGGACACGCUCAAACAGCUGUUGGGUGACGCCAAGGAUGACGGCCACAGCUCAGCCACCACCGCCACCACCUCCGCCAAGAAGAAGAAGAAAGACAAAAAGCCGUUUUUUCUAUCUCGAUAUGACUACCUAUUCAAACGCAGAAGACAUCGGCGCUCUUCGUCAACUAGUAGUUCAUCGUCCUCGGCCAGUUCCAGCUCCUCUUCGUCUUCUUCGUCAUCUGACUCUUCAUCUGCCUCCUCACAGGACUCGCACCAUAAGAAGAAGCACAAGAGGAAAGACAAGGAUCGGGAUAGGGACAGGUCGCUGUCACCUUUGAGUAAACGAAUGGCUAUGAUGGACUCCAGUAUGGACAACGAAGGUUUGUCUGGUUCUGCUCUGCGAGUUUCACACUAUAAUCCACCAUCUAUGCCAAACUCUUUCACAAGUAUGCAGGCAGCCCAGCCAGUAAUGGAGGGGAGCGAGAAAUCGGACGAGUAUGAGCAUAGAGUGCGCAAGUUCCUAGCACAAACAAAGGGGGCUGACUCUGACUACGAAGAGAAAAUUCGAAAAUUCCUCGAUGAAACCGCAAAAUGGAAAAAAGAGAAAAAGGCUAUUGAAGAGAAAUCAAAAAAGAAGAAGAAAAAGGAGAAGAAGGCUAAGAAUAAAAGUAAGAAGAAGAAGCGCGAAGAGAAGCGCAAGAAGAAAGCGAUGAAGGAACUGGAAGAGAAAAAGUUGAGAGAAGCACUGAAGCGAGAGAAGCGAAGGCGAAGCAGCGCCAGCUUUAGAGCUGGGGACGAAGAGGAGGAUGAAGAUGAUGGCUUCGUGUUCGGCGACAAACCGGAUCAGGCCCUCAGGAUGCUUAGUAUGGGAAAUAUCAGAGAGUUGGAAGACUUGAAGAGUCAAUUGAGUGCGUACUACGCCAAAGUAGAAAAAGAAUCUCCUCCCUCAACUCUAAAAAAGAAGGAUCACUCAUCUGAAAAGGGCUUUGGAUCAAGCAAAAUCAAAAUGUCGCCGAAGAUGUACGAAGAUGAGGAUGAGUCGAAGGAGGUGGAUAGUUCUCCUCCACCUCCUCCUCUCCCUUCUCGGAAUCUGACAAGCUCGUUGCUGGUGAAGAAGCGACUGGAGCUGUUGAGUGCAGAGUCGCCGCUGUCGCACAUUGCAGCCGCCGCUUCUGCCGCCGCAGCCAAGGACGACAGCCCGGCGCAGCGCCUCGCUGACAUCAUGCCUCCCAAGUUCAAAAUGCAGAUAGGCAAUGCUGGCAACAGGUUGAAAGGAUUGAAGAAGGACGAUCAGUCGGUGUCGCGAGAUGUGUGGGAAGACGACAGAGAGAGGAGCGACCGUGACCGCGACCUGACUCGCUUUGUGUUUGUGAAGGACGAUGGCGGGAGCGAGGAGGGGGAAGCAAAGAAGUCGCCCGACAUGAAGGGCAAGAACGACGAGACUGGAAGUGGGGGGGCGGCUGGCAACGACUCGUUCCGAAUGAGUAGAAGUCCGGACGUGAAACCCCAACUGAAGCGAAAACUGCGCACGCGCACCUCUGACUCUGAGUCUAGUGACUCGGGCGGCGACCGACGCGCCAAAAAGAACGGCGAUCGCUCGAACGACGAAAGCUCGCGGUCGCGUAGUCGCUCGCGAUCGCAUAAAAAAUAUUCUAGCGAAUCCCCAAAGAAGUAUUCUAGUGAAUCACGCUCGUCUUCCUACCAUCGCAAGGAACGCAGCCGUUCAAAGUCUGGCUCCUAUCGCAGCCGAUCACGCAGAUACCGGAGCUCGGAAUCAGGAUCAUACCGAUCACGCUCCUACUCAAGGUCACGCAGCCGCUCUCGAUCGGGCGACUACAGGCGAUCCCGCAGCCGCUCCGAUGACCGUCACCAUUACCGCAAAUACGUGGGCCGCUACCCACGCACCCGCGGCACUUACUACCGGCCACGCUUUCAAAACUACAAGAAUCCGCGUGGUGGCGGCGGAUACGGGGGCGGACAGAGAGGCCACCGCAACCGCGGCUACGGCAAUCGCGGCGGCAACCGCGGCUAUAUUCCGCGCAUGCGUGGUCGUGGCCGUCCGCGCUUCUUCCACCACAAGUACGGCGACCGGCGCGACUACCGGCGCUACGACCGAGGCGGGUCGCGCUCUGACGAGGACGACCUGAGUCCGAUGCGCAAGGUGGAGUCGGCCAAGGAACGCAUCGACAAGAUGAUCGGCGACCAGGCCGAAAAGCGGCAUUCGGGUCCCCUGAGCGAGGGCGAGGAGCGCGACGACGACUACAUCGACCGCAAGGACUAUGACGGCAAGUGGGGCAAGGAGCCCGAGGGCCCCCGCCUGCCCCCUCAUGACCAGUAGACACAACAGUAUUGUCACAACAUCUACUUCAUAUUACUAUUAACGAUUAUUGAUAGACAUUUUCAUAUAAGAUAACUUUCUUUUCAUCGAUGUAUUAUAAUGGAUUAGCUGUUACUUUAACGAUUAAAUUGAAUCUGUCUAUAUCAGUUA